GGCGUGGCUUGGGGCGUUCGCGGGCUCCUUCCGGACCUGGAGUAAGGGACGAGAGGCGAACGCCACGGUAGAGCGGGCUCCCGCCAACCCUGGCUUGUCUCUCCGCCCCCGAGGGCCACCUCCUCUUUCAGAAUGACGCUGGACGUGGGGCCGGAGGAUGAUCUGCCCGACUGGGCUGCUGCCAAGGAAUUUUACCAGAAAUAUGACCCUAAGGACGUCAUUGGCAGAGGAGUGAGCUCUGUGGUUCGCCGCUGUGUUCAUCGAGCCACUGGCCAGGAAUUUGCCGUGAAGAUCAUGGAAGUGACAGCCGAGCGACUGAGUCCUGAGCAGCUGGAGGAGGUGCGGGAAGCCACUCGGCGAGAGACACAUAUCCUUCGCCAGGUCGCCGGCCACCCCCACAUCAUCACUCUCAUCGAUUCCUACGAGUCUCCUAGCUUCAUGUUCCUGGUGUUUGACCUGAUGCGGAAGGGAGAGCUCUUUGACUAUCUCACGGAGAAGGUGGCCCUCUCAGAAAAGGAAACCAGGUCCAUCAUGAGGUCUCUGCUGGAAGCUGUGAGCUUUCUCCACGCCAACAACAUCGUGCACCGAGACCUGAAGCCCGAGAAUAUUCUCCUGGAUGACAAUAUGCAGAUCCGCCUUUCAGAUUUUGGGUUCUCCUGCCACUUGGAACCUGGCGAGAAGCUUCGAGAGUUGUGUGGGACGCCAGGAUACCUAGCACCAGAGAUCCUGAAAUGCUCCAUGGAUGAAACCCACCCUGGCUACAGCAGGGAGGUUGAUCUCUGGGCCUGUGGGGUGAUUCUGUUCACACUCCUGGCCGGCUCGCCACCAUUCUGGCACCGGCGCCAGAUCCUCAUGCUGCGCAUGAUCAUGGAGGGCCAGUACCAGUUCACUUCGCCCGAGUGGGAUGACCGUUCAAAUACCGUCAAAGACCUGAUCUCGAGGCUGCUGCAAGUGGAUCCUGAGAAGCGCCUGACAGCUGAGCAAGCUUUACUGCACCCCUUCUUUGAGCGCUGUGAAGGCGGCCAGCCCUGGACGCUUACCCCCCGCCAACGGUUCCGGGUGGCAGUUUGGACGAUACUGGCAGCUGGACGAGUGGCCUUAAGCACCCACCGCGCUCGGCCCCUGACCAAGAGUGCGCUGUUGAGGGAUCCUUAUGCGCUGCGGCCCGUGCGGCGCCUCAUCGACAGCUGUGCCUUCCGCCUGUAUGGGCACUGGGUGAAGAAGGGCGAGCAGCAGAAUCGGGCGGCCCUGUUCCAGCACCUGCCCCCUCGGCCCUUCCCCGCUGGGGGUCCUGAAGAGGAGGAAGACUCGGCUUCUGUCAGCGAUGAGACAAUGCUGGAGCAGGGCUAGCGCCGCAGCAUGGGGAAGCCCGCCAAGCUUCUCUACAUUCCAGUCCCUCCAGGCUCUCUCAGCCACUCUGCCUGCCAUGGCCACCGUGUGAUCAGUCUCAAAGCCCAGCCCUGCGCACCUGUGGCCACUGGCCAGGGCUUCACCAUCAGAGCCGAGGGAUGAGGGAGUCACUCAGGUAGCUCCAGCUGGCCUAGAGAGUUCUGCCCGCGUCACCGCCUAUGCAAUAAAAGCUGCUCUGCCAGGAAAGCCAGUGCCCUAUGUCUGGUGUCCGGCUUCCACCGGGAAGCCCGGCAGGUGUUCAGUAGGGGGAUAGGGAUGUGGCCACUCAGACCUAGACUUUUAUUGGGGAAAACCUUGAGUCACUUGGUCUUGUUCUUCCCUUUGCCUGGUGGAAGCUGAAAGGGCCGCUCUAACGUGACCAACUUGCUGUUGAGCCUUUCCUCGCUGGCCUUGAGCUGCUCUUCCACCAGCUGUUUGAGCUGCUCCAGCUCCUUGUUCAACUGAGUCCUGAUGUAGGCUCGGAGGAAAGAUAUGUGACCUGCAGGACCAGGGAAAGAGACACUGGGGCCAAGGGACCGCCCCUGGCUGGGCUAACCAUCACCAAGGCACCUCGGGGACUGCCCCUUGGAGAGCAGAGGCAUAGGUGGGGCAAGGCGGGCGGGCUUGCGGCCAAGCAGCAGUGGGACCUUUGGCAGAUUAUUUGACCUUCCCAUAGCCCAGUCUACUGUGUGAAAAGAUAGCAGGGACACCUAGCAUC